CAACACCCCAACUAUUCACCAUCUAUUUGCUGCUCUCAUGUAGUCAGAUGUUAAGAGCACUGGCGUGAGUGCCUGCCAAUGGCUCAUCAAAUUUUCGGCCAACAGUUAUAAUGCGAGAUUUCAGAGUGCCACCCAAACGAACGCCCGAUUGAUAAAUCUCGCAACCUCCGACAAGGACGGGAUCCACCUUUAAUGCCCCCGCUGGGUCACAGGCCUUCGCUACAAAGCCCGGCAAUGUCCUGUAACGGCUAGUGCAAUAUAAAGAUCAAUAUAUUUGUAGACUUUUUCCGGUGUGGAACUAUCGGAAUAAUGUACUUGAAGGCCGUUUCCCUUACAGCACGCCACCCGCCAGUAAGGUUCGACAAUUCGAUGAGAAAGAUCGGAAAGUCGAUGAAAAAGAGAAAACUUACGAGAAAGUGGCGGGAAAGUGAUGCAAAUGGUGAGGGCGAGGUUGGUGAAGAGCACGAUUCGUCACCAGAUAGUGAUUUCACUGAUUCAGGACAUUAUGUUUCUCAGCUAAGCCAAGUCAUUGUAAGGUACAACUUAGCAUUGACGAAAAAAACUAUUAAUCUGAAGGGUUAUAUGGUGGGAAAUGUUCUUACUGACGAUUACCCUGGCCACUUAGGGGUUUUCCAGUUUAUGUGGUCAGCCGGUCUGAUUUCUGAUCAAACAUACAGGCGACUGAACCUUCUCUGUGUUUUUCAGUCAUUUAUACACACUUCAUCUUCAUGUGAUAAGAUUUUGGGUGUUGCUAACGAAGAACUUGGAGACAUUGACCCUUAUAGCAUCUUCGCACCCACCUGCCCUGGUAAUGUGAGCCAGUCGAAUUGUUGGCUGAAAAGAAUCAAUUGUAUUUUCAAUCUUUCCUCGUGGAACACAAGGGGCUUAGCAUUCUUCAGACUUACAUUGUUUAAAACUUCAGAUUUAAACAAUGUAAUUCUGAAGUUUUCCCUGCAACUAGUGGCUAAUUCUUGGUGGCAGCAUUGAUCGAUGUAAAUUCUUGGAGUUGGGUAAGAAUCCCCAGCUUUUGUCUAAUAUUGCAAACAAUGGAUAUGUGUCUAAUACUUGGAUGGAUGGAAAGCAUAUCUUAUAUGCUGUUCCUUUCACUUUGUCUCUAUGCAGGUUGGUGUAAUUCCUGACCAUCCUCUACCCACAUUAUUUCCUAAGGACUAGGAUGAUGAUCUACAGGUUUACUGGGAGGGGAUUGGAGUUGUACAGAAUUUUUGUUGUUGGCCUAUUAUGUACUGAAAAGGUAGAGUGUUUUAGUGAAGUUUUGAAAUCUUAAGUUUUGGUGAGAUAUGUUGUUGGCCUAUUGUUGUACUGGCUCAUUGAGUGGUUUUUUGGUGAAGUUUUGAAAUCCUUGGAUGUUACAGAACAUCAGAAUCUCAUGAUAGAAAGUGUAUCUGAUUUAUCUAUAUACAACAUAAGGGGUGAAAGAAAAGCUACAGUCCAGAGGAGUUCCAGAGGGAGUAUGGAGCGAGGGGGUUACGAGAGGGAGUCGAGAGGGGCUGGCGAGACACUACCCAAAAUUUUCUUCUGCGUCUUUUUUUUUUUUUUUUUUUAAAAAAAAAAAAGCAACUUGCCUGGUGGCAUUGCCACCUCAGUCGGUUUAAUCUUUGGGUAGCAAGUCCUCUGUGGGACUAGCUUUUUCCUAAUACAUUUUGCACUUAUAGGGGCAUAUGAACUGGUAAGUCAAGAGGUUUGCCAUAGUAGAGAAAAUCUUACAACAAAUAUCAAUUCACAACAAAAUCAACGAAGUGGAUCAGCGCUGAGAGAGAGAGAGAGAGAGAGAGAGAGAGAGAGAAUGGCACAGAGAAUGAGAGGAAGAGAGAGAGGCUCCGUUUGUAGGAAUUGGGAAUAGGGGAGAGGGAUGGCUGGUGGUUGGGCUCGCUGCGUUGGGGGUUGGACUUGCAGACUGAAAGUUUAAAAGAAGAAGAGGGCUCGAGAAGAAGAGGACUGGAGGCACAUGACUUUAUUUUCAACCCUAGGUUGAAACGGCGCCGAGCCAAAUGGAAGAUGAACAAGCCCUUCUCGUCUCCACCAUUAAGGUGGUUAUUUAUGGCUGUGUAUAUCUGUGCAUAUUUAAAGUUGGAUUUGAUGGAGGUUGAAGCUAACCUUUUUGGUUCUGAAACAGGUCCGCUACUGUCAAGCAAUUUGAUUACAAGCAUGCAACAUUUUUUGCAUACUGCAUCUCAAGGGCUAAUGAAUGAAAUAUUCCACCAUUUUUUGCAUAAGUUUAUCAUUGUUUUCUUUGAGGAUAUUUUGGCUUACACUAAAUGUAAAGAAGGGCAUUUGCAACAACUUUAAUGCGAUGUUUGAUACCUUAGCUAAGCAUACAUUGUUUGCAGUAGCUUUAAUAUCUUAGUUAAAUCUCAAGAAAAUAAAGUGUGAUAUAUUUAAAUCUUACAAGUUUUUAUUUUUAUUUCUUUUAAUAGACUGAUAAAUUUAAGUUUUGAUGCUGUAAUAGAUAAAAUCUUGGUUAGCAUUCUAAUUUUUUUUUUUUUUGAAAUAUUUUCCAAAAAAUAAAAGAAAAUAUUAUUGUCAAAAAGAUGGAAGUCUCAUUGGGCCGGGCCAUAUUAAAAAAAGAUGGAAGUUUAAUUGGGCAGGGCCGAUGUUAUGGAACAUCACCCAACUAUUCACCGUGAAUAUUGCUGCUCUGAUGUAGCCAGCAUCAUGUUUAGCAUAUUACCGCAUCUCUUCUACGAGAUUUCGGGGCCCUACUAAAAUCUCGCAACCUUCGAGGCACGGAAUCUCGUCCACCUUUAAUGCUCCCCCGCUGGGUCACAGGCCCCCGCGACAAGGCCCAGCAUUCGUUGGUACUGGGUGGUACAAAAUAAAGAGCAAUAUAUUUAUAGCCUUUUCCGGUGUGGGACUAUAGGAAGAAUCUACUUGAAGGCCGGUUCCCUUACAGCACGCCGCCCGCCAGUCGGGUUCGGCAAUUCGAUGAGAAAGAUCGGAAAGUCGAUGAGAAUGAGAAAACUUACGAGAAAGUGACGGAAAGUGAUACGAAUGGUGAUGGUGAAGGUGAAGUUGGUGACGCUCGUCACCAGAUAGUGAUAUCACUGAUUCAGAUUCAAUAAACGGAAGAUGAACUUCCAUUGUUGAGAGAAUGCUAUGAUUAUUUGGAGGAAGUGGAGGACACGAGCGACAAACCAAAGCUCUCAAACAGGUUACGGUACUAGUGCACAGGGACAAUAUGCACCAGCCUCCCAAGCAGUUCCUCUUGGAGGCAGAACCGACAUGCAAGUUUUUGCCACCGAUUAUACGGAAAUGUUGAGGGUCCGAGCAGAGAGAGGUGGGAGGGCAGAGCUAAGAAAAGAGGAGGCACUUGAAGAAGCAUUAGGAAGCAUCUGGAUUUUUUAGUACCAUUUUUUCACUUAUAAACCACACAAAGCCUCCACAUGUGGCGCAGCAAAACUUUCAUUUAUGUUACGACACAGCAAUCAUAGUCACAAAAAAAUAGCUUUGCUUUUGUUGUCUGACAAAAUUGAGUGUAAAUUACUUAUGCUAUGGUGAUGAAUUAUUUAGCGAAA